GGUCAAAGCAAAGACGAAAGGAAGAUAAGAGAACUUCGAAGACUAUCGAAUCCAAAAAAACUUGUAUUUGUGCGAAGAAUUUUAAUUUUUUUGGCUAAAUAUUACUUUUUUACAUUUCGAAAUGGUUAAGACACGUUCUAGAGCAGCUGCACCGUCGGUAUUUUACAAGAAAUCCAAGGUUAGUUGAACCCAAAUGCUUGGCCACGCUGUCAGUGAUUCCGUAUAAUUCUUCCAAAUUCUUGAUUUACUUUCGACUUCUUCCCUUCAAUUUAAUUUGUCGUCCUUACUUUUCUUUUCUUCUAAAACAGGCCGAUGCUUCAGAUGAAAACGGGGUUCCUUCACAGGUGACUGUAAAGUCUAUCGACCAAGGAAAACGGUCCGCCGAAGGCUCUCCCGAAAAUGCACCUUCAAGGAAGCGAUCUGUGUUUGGAGACAUCACAAACAAUGUAAGACAUCAGCUUAUUUCUUCACGUUUCAACUGUACAAAGGAAAAGUUCCCUUAGUUUAUUUUCCUUCGGAAUUUUAGGCAGCUCUGGUACCACUCGGAGGGAAGGAUACGAAAAAGAAACAGAUGAAAAGUGGCGUCGUUCGAAAAGAAUCACAGAGACAAGGCAAGGUAAAAGUCGAGAAGAAGGCAAACACGAAACAGCGAAGAAGCAAGGAGUUAAAAGAAUCAUCUGUUAAACAACCGGUUAUCAUUACUGAAGACUCUCCAUCUGGGGAAAUUUUAAGCUCACAAGAUUCCAUCGAAGAAUCAGCAUCUAGUUCUCAAGACUCGCUGCAAUCUACAAGGUUUGUUUCAUAGGAGGAACACAAUUAUAUAUAAGAUUAAGAAGCUUUCGAACGUUUGAUUUUUUACUUGAAUCUUACUAUACGUGACAUAAAAAUGUUUUCAUAUAAGCUUUAAUGCAAGAAAUUGCUGGAAAAGCUUGCAAGGAAUCCUUUGUUGCACGUUUGAAAGAAAGUGCCUUCACACAAUAAUGUCGUUUCUGUUUUGGCCAUUUGCAGUUCAGUGACCAGUCUUGAUGUGACUAUACCUCAGAGUGGCAGCGAUUCUGCAAUCUCAAGCUUGGAAGAAUCCUCCAGGUACAUUGUUGACUUUAUUUUCAGUUGGCAAGUAUAAACCUCUGUAUAAACCUCUUGUCAAAGCUAAGUAAGAAGUUUCAUUAAACUUGUGAAUGGGAGAGGCAGUAAUUUUCAAUUGCUUGCUGAAGGAUAGAUGUAAAAGCAAUUUUCUGCACUUAAACUUCCAAUUUAUAGUAGUGGGCCAUUUUUUCUGUGCAUCUUAACACUUCCUUUAAAGGUAUGGAAUACAUACAUACUUACAUACAUACUUUAUUGGCUCGUCCCCACGGGGCUUUUCAGAGUCAAUUUUACAUUACAAAAUUAUAAACCAAGUACAUGACAAUAAGAAUAUAACAAUGAUAAAAGAAGACAAAGGUCAAUAAAAAUACAGAAAGACAUUUAGGAAAUCUUCAUAGUAGGUUCCACAACCAAAAUUUUUCCCAAUAUACUAACUUAAGUCAAAACUUUUUUACUAGUGUUGAUUCAGAUAAAAAUUCCAAAGAUGACACAAAAGAGGAAGAGACUGAAGAGAAGGUAAAUUAAAGAGAAAUAUUGGUCUGGAAAAAUCUGUAUGGCAUGUUAUCUAGUGUUUUAAGGGCUGCAUAGCAGAGUAAUUUAACUACCUCUGCAAAGCAGCACUUAUAACCUAGCAUGCAGAGCAUGUUUUUCUUUUUUGAAGCACGACCCAAAGGUACAUGGAGGAGCUCUGCAAUUCUUGAUCAGUUGAAAGUCCAAAUCGAUCACACAGCAAAAUACGCCUCCUUUGCCUUGUUCAGGCACCCCAAUGGACUCAAAAAAAAGUCGUUUCAAAUUUGCUUUCGUCUAGAUUUGCAAAUCAGCAAUGGCAUUUUUAACAGGCCAAUCAUGGUACAUAGUCAAAUCCUGGGGGCUUAAUGAGAACAAAAAUUUCAGUGCUGUUUCAAAGACAGAUUUAGCCAGAGUUUAUUUUAGUCUGUGGUGCAGGUUUUGGUGAGAGCACUCGUGCCUUCCAGAAAUAAAGUCAAAGUUUGAGUCCUAAAAUCGAUUGUGGCGUACAUUGGUUGAGUUUGUUGUUUGUUCUGACCCUUGCACAAAGAGGUUUUUCUCUGAUUACUCCUGUUUCCUUUCUUCUCAAAACCCCAAAUUUUUAAGACUAACAUGCAUCCACUAUGUAGAUGCAGUGCUUCGAUCCUUAAAGACGUACUACCUUUAUAUUGUCAUUCAUUUAUUCUGUGGUCUAAAUCACUAGAUAAAAUCAGAAGAAAGAAACGCAAAUGAUCAAUCUGGAUCAAGAUUUAUGAUCCAAAACCGCGCAGACCAUUGUACAUUAAAAGAAGAGACUUGAGCAGUUCCUUUGAUGCACCAUGAUCCGAGUGAUCAUAAAUCUUGACAUCCAGAUAGUCCGUACAAUGCCUGGUGCCCAUAGAUGAUGCAGCAGUAGCUUUCAAAAUUGAAAAUACACAGUACUAACAGAAGAAUUCCAUUUUCUCAAAUCCUCAGUGUUUUAAAUUCUUGAUUAUCCAAACCUAGACUGCGGGCAGUCUCUCUUUUUCUUCAGAUUUAGUGAGAACAAUGGACCAGUCUCGCGUUAUCAGUCACGCGCGUGGCUAUUUGCUUUCUCGCAUUUUGCGCGACAGACUACAGAAAAAAGAGAGACUGCUCGUAGUCUAAUCCAAACCAAGUCUAACAUCCCUUCACCAAUCAAACACCAUAAUUUUACUCCUGGCUUUUUAGACCUCUUGAUAAUUAAAACCAAUUUGCUUUUCUCAAGGUGGUUUGAAACAUCAUGAUUCCACCACAUAUGCUGCCCUAAUUCUAGAACAAUCCAUACAUUUUCUUUUGGCCCCGCCCACUAGUGAGUCGCAUGAAUAUUACUUGCAUUCAACAGGUACAGGAGACUCCUGUCAAUGAUGUGAUUGACAUUGAUGCCGAGAACACAGACCCUGUAACUGUUUCAGAAUAUGCACAUGAAAUCUUUGUCAAUAUGAAAAGGAGAGAGGUAAUACUUUAUUACGAACCACUGACAACAUAGACUUUAUCAAAGUUUUUAAUCAAAUUAUACUUGAAAUUGAAAGUAUAUACUAUCAUUAAUAACGAACAUUAUCAGAGGGAAACUUGAGCUUUCGGUGUUUCCAUCAGCAGAUUAAUAAAUAUUUUUUUGAAAGUAACAGUUCAGAGGGACUUAAGCCUGUUAUCUCUGACCUGAUAUUUGAGCAAGUAUGUGAGCCAAUAUAAGAAGGCAGGAUUUGCAAUACAAUAACAGAAGAGUUUUACAAACUCACGGAAGGGAUACCAGAAGAGACAUUAGUGACCUUAAGAUACGGGUAUGGGUAGGUCAUGUUUCAUAAUGAUAGUUACAUAAGAAGCAACAAUUUUUUUUAGAAUGAUAAUGGCAUUACCAAUCUUCUCGGUAGCCUAGCUGUUUCCCCAGGGUAAGAGGCAAUCUACCUGUAUUCAUGGCUACGCAUACGCGUAAUUUAGCUGUACCCUUACACGGAAACGGUGUAUCUCAACGUCUCUUUUGAAACAAGUUACAUGACUUUGAUUUUCUUUGUUGAAGACAUGCAUAUUAAAUAAAUUUAUAUCAGAAUUUGCAAUCCAAUAUUGAAGUGUGUUUAUGACAAUUACCAUUUACUUUUUAGGAACUUUUUCCACUAACAAACUACUUGGAGACGCAAAAUGGCAUCACCCCACAGAUGCGCGGUAUUUUGGUUGACUGGCUGGUGGAAGUCCAAGAGUGUUUUGAGUUAUAUCAUGAAACCCUCUAUCUUGGGGUUAAACUCCUUGAUCAUUUCCUGGAGAAACAUUCUAUUCAAAGAGAUGAAUUACAGCUUGUUGGUGCAACAACUUUGAUCAUCUCUUCCAAAAUUGAGGUAAUUAAGUUACAGUUAAGUUCGUUUGCCAACCUGAAUUUCCCUGUCUUUUAAUUCAUACAGUCUGUGAUAACAAAUUUCCCAUUGAAGAGAGAAAAUCAAUUAUAAUUUCUGGCCCUAAAAAUUAAAUUAACUACAGUAGGUUUUUCCAUAGUUUAAAGCACAUUUCUUGGCAAAAUGUACUAGGUAAUACUAGGGCUGAAGGGUAUCUGAGUACAACUUAAGAUGAAAUCCAUUAAGAAACUGAGUAAUUUUGAUUUUGAGUGCACAAAUUAGGCUUGUACCAGAAUAAUUUCAAGCAUGUUGCAUUCUUUUUUACACUUUUUGAGGCCUAUAAAAUUAAUGUAAUCUGGUAUGUGAAAUAACUUCAAAGAAAAGGUUCUUAUGGGAGCCCAAGAAAACAAACUGCAAAAGUGUUUCUCACAAAAUGAAAUCUUACGCAUGAUGAUUUUCCUGUGUGUUUUUUUUCGAUUCCCUUGAAAUUUGAAAUUUAUUUUCUCGGGCUUCCAUAAGGAAUUUUUUUUGGUGUCAUUACUGAUACCUACGGGUGGAAUUACACCUUUAGCCAUUGAAAAGUGUAAAAAAGAAUGCAAUCUGGCCUAAAAUAUUCUGGUACAAGGUUUUUGUCCACCGAAAAUUAAAAUUACUCAAUUUGCUGAUGGAUUCCAUCUUAAUUUAUUUAUUUUCUCUGAUGUUCUGAUUGUUUUUAGGAGCGGCACCCUCCUUGCAUGGAUGAUUUUAUUUACAUCUGUGAUGAUGCAUAUCAACAACAACAGUUUAUCGCCAUGGAGAGCAGAAUAAUGCGAAGCUUAGGCUUUGAUGUCAACAUUCCCAUCCCAUACAGAUUUCUAAGAAGAUACGCAAAGGUAAGAGAAUUUUUCACCAUCCAAAAAAAUAUCUGCGAUGCAUUUAUCACAAUGAAAAGAAUAAGAUCUAUUAAAUGAAUUUGUAUAAAAGUUUCUGUGUAGUAGAGAAAGAACUGUUUACCAAAGCUUAUUUACCAAAUUUAUUCAAUUAACCGCCCAGGGCACUUACUAAAUUUUUGGAUCUUGAGAGUGGGCGCUUAUUCGAGGUGGGCACUUUCACCAUUUUCGUCAAGUGAAGUAUGUUUAUUUUGCAACCAAACAAUAAAUGCUAAUAACAAAACGUGAAGAAGUAACAAAGCAAGGUUUCUGUAAAAUACUCUGAAGAAAACUCCGUCCUCGGGGAAGUCUCUCAUUAGAAUUUAUUCACUCAAGUGGGUGGGGUGGGGGUGAGUGCUUAUUUGAGUUUGAUUGGGAGUAGGAGGGGGUGGGCUCUUAUUAACUUUUUCUACCUUUAGGACGGGUGCUUAUUCGAGGUGGGCGCUAAUUCGAGGUUGGGCGUUUAUUCAAAUAAAUACGGUAUACUAAAACAUUGAAUUUUCCAUUACCAGGCGGCAUUUGCAAGCAUUGAAACACUAACACUGGCUCGCUUUCUUCUGGAGUCAUCCCUGCUUGACAGUCGCUUCAUCACUCACAAAGCUUCACACAUGGCUGCAUCAUGCCUGUACCUUGCUCUGUUAAUGAACAAUAAAUGCACUGAAUGGACUCCUACACUAGUGCAUUAUACAGGGUACACAAAGGAUGAGCUGCGAGAGUGCGUGCUGCAGUUAAAUGCAAUGAAUGCCGCAUCACCAAACAAGAACCUCAUGACAGUGCGAAACAAGUACUCACAUAAAGUGUUUCAUGAAGUGGCAAUGAUCCCUGCCCUGGACACUCUGACCAUUCAAAUUUAGAUUGCUUAGAAUUUACUUUGUAAAUAUUUUGCUAAAUAGUUUGAAAUAUUGCCUACCUCUUUACCAUCUCCCCCUUAGGGGCCAACCAUUUGACUUUUGAUGGGGAUAUGGGUGAUUUGCUUAAGAAUUUUUUCCCAAACCUCUAGAGCCAAAAUGUCUUUUCCCCAGACAUAUAACGAUGUGAUUUUUUUUUCAGUGCAGGAAAUUUUUUCCCCCAGGUAUUUCCUUGCAAGAUUGUUUUUCCCCUCCAAAUCAGUUAACAGGUUAUUUUUUUCUGAAAUCACCCAUACCCCCUUCCCACCUCAAAAGUCAAACGGUUGGCCGCGGCUUAGGAUAGCUGAAAGUUUCAAAUGUUUUGGUGGAAGGAGGUACCACACCCUCGGGGGCUAGGUUCAGGAGGCAAAUUAUAUUUUUAAAAUAAUCAAAGAUUGAUACUUUGUAAAUAGCAUAUGAUUUAAACUGAUAUUAUAUUUUAGUUAACAGGUAAAAAAUACUUAGGAAGAAGAAAUCAAAGUUUUAUUGAUUAUAAAGUGUUAGAAUUUCACCCUUUUCAGUCC